AUGGAAGAGGAUACAGAUUUUAGAAUCAAGUUCAGUUCUUUGUGUUAUAUUAAUGAUCAUGUUGGAUUUUGUGGAACUAUAAAGAGUUCACCAAGUGAUUUUGUUGUUAUUGAGAUUGACGAGCAGGGACAGUUGGUUAAUAUGGUCAGUGAUGAACCUCUUAACAAGAUUCAUAGCAUACCAUAUCAGCCAAAUACUUUUGCCAAAAAACCAAAACUAAAUCGUCAAAAUUUAACCUUUGAAGAGCCUAACCAAGAACUUGAUACACUAACUAAAUGCUUGGGCGGUGACCCAGAUCUUCAGUCUGGCUUAAAAUCUGAAGAUACUAACAAAGAUGGAACUUUGAAAUGUGCCGAAGAAAAAGCUGAUGUAUUAGGUUCCUUAUUAGAUGAAAAAACGAAUGAAUUACUGAGUCAGUUUGCCUGUGAUACAAAAGAAAAGUGGAAUUGUACAACUGAGCUGUUUGGCCCACCUCCUGAAUUCUCAUUAGGCAGAAUCCUUGACAAAACCCAGAGGGCCAGCCUGCAUAGUGCUGUUAGGCAGAAAUUUCCUUAUUUAAUAACUGUAGGGAAAAACAGCGAAAUUAUUGUAAAACCAAACCAGGAGUAUAAAGAACUCUGUCACUUGGUAUCAGAAGAAGAAGCAUUUGACUUUUUCAAGUAUUUGGAUGCAAAGAAAGAAAAUUCCAGAUUUACUUUUAAACCUGAUACAAACAAAGAUCACAGAAAAGCUGUUCAUCAUUUUGUGAACAGAAAGUUUGGGAACCUGGUAGAAACCAAAUCUUUUUCUGAACUGAAUGGCAAUGCUGCUCAUCCAAAUGUCGUGAUAACAGUGAAGUUUCGGGAAAAGGCACACAAGCACAAGAAAAGGUCUCUUCUUGAAAGCCAGGAAAGAAAAGUUGUUUAUACAGCUUUCACCCUACAAAAGGAGAAUCUGGAAAUGUUUGAGGCCCUUGGCUUUUUGGCUGUCAAACUUGGUGUGAUUCCUUCUGACUUCAGUUAUGCAGGUCUUAAAGACAAGAAAGCUAUCACCUACCAGACAAUGGUUGUCAGAAAAGUCACCCCAGAGAGGUUGAAGAGUAUUGAUAAAGAAAUUGAAAAUAAAAGAAUGAAGAUGUUUAAUAUUAGAUCUGUAGAUGAUUCACUUAGACUUGGUCAGCUCAAAGGAAAUCACUUUGAUAUUGUCAUAAGAACUUUAAAGAGAAAAAAUAAUGAUUCUGCACAUCUGGAAGAAAGAAUUUUAGAGGCAAUAGAAAAUGUUAAGGAUAAAGGAUUUGUGAAUUACUAUGGACCUCAGAGAUUUGGGAAGGGAAGGAAGGUUCAUACAGAUCAAAUUGGAUUGGCUUUGCUGAAGAGUGAAAUGAUGAAGGCUGUAAAAUUAUUUCUUACACCAGAAGACUCGGAUGAUCCUGUAAAUAGAGCGAAGAAAUAUUUUCUUCAAACCGAGGAUGUUAAAGGCACACACUCACGGAUGCCUGAAUUCAAAGUCCGAGAAAGAGCAAUGCUGGAGUCGUUGAAUCGCUUUGGCAUGACAGAGGAAGGCUGUGUGCAAGCAUGGUUUUCUUUUCCUCAUUCUAUGCGCAUAUUCUACAUCCAUGCAUACAGCAGCAAAAUUUGGAAUGAGGCAGCAUCUUACAGACUCGCGACCUAUGGAUCAAGAGUAGUGGAAGGUGAUUUGGUUUGUUUGGAUGGAAAUGUCGAUGAUGAGCUUCUCCCAAAUAGUAAAGUUCACACAGUAACUAAAGAAGAGGAAUCCACUAAUGCAUAUGGAAUACAUCAGGUAGUUCUUCCAGUACUUGGAUACAAUAUCCAGUACCCAAAGAACAAAGUAGGGGAGUGGUACCAUGAAAUACUUAGUAGAGAUGGACUACAGACAUGCAGAUUUAAAGUACCUGCUCUGAAAUUGAAUGCUCCUGGAUGCUAUAGACAGAUAUUGAAAUAUCCUCAUAAUCUCUCAUACCAGCUCAAAGAUGAGCAAGAUACUGCUGUCAAGACUAAAGAUCCUUGCAUCAGUGAAGCACCAUUAUCUCUUUUGAUCUCUUUUGAUCUUGACUCUUCAUGUUAUGCUACAGUUUGUCUGAGGGAAAUAAUGAAGCAAGAUGUUUAA